AUGCCUGGUCGUCUUGAAGGAAAGAUCGCUGUCGUCUCUGGCUCUACUCAGGGAUUUGGUCGGGGUAUCCUUGAGACCUUCAUCCGUGAGGGCGCUGUUGUCCUUGGUCUGGACCUCCAGGCCAAGGAUGGACCUGUCGACGGCUACACCGAGAAGCAGGCCUACCAGAUCCAGGCCAACGUUGCCGAGGAAGCCAGCUGGCAGAAGGCUCUCGAGACGUCCAAGGCCAAGUUCGGUGCCGCUCCCUCGAUCGUCGUCCACAACGCCGGCUGGUCAUACCCCAACAAGUCCGGUAUCGAGGUCACCACCGAAGAGUUUGUUCGCCUCUUUGAUGUCAACGUCAAGAGCGUCUACCUCGCUUCCAAGAUCCUCAUUCCCGAGAUGAAGAAGAACGGCCCUGGCUCUACAGUCGUUAUCUCGAGCGAAAACGCUAUCCGACCCGGUGCCACCCAGACUUGGUACAACGCUACCAAGGCCGGUGUCUCGUCUGCUACAAAGUCUAUGGCCCUCGAGUUUGCCAAGGACCAGCUCCGCUUUAACGCCAUCUGCCCUACCUCUGGCAACACCCCUCUUCUGAACAAGUUCGCCGGUAUCGCCGACGGCCCUGUCCCUGAGGACAUCAUCAAGGCGAAGUGUGCCGCCAUUCCUAUCGGACGCCUCGUCGAGCCUUCUGAUGUGGCCAAUGUUGCCCUCUUCUUGGCUGAACCUGCAAGCUCAAUCAUUAGCGGGAUCGAGGUUCUUGUCGACGGUGCCCGUUGUGUCUGA